AUGAGCGACCACGACAAAGCCACUCGGUGUCCGCAUCCGAACCAAACGGGAACUGAUUGCAUAAUGCAAGUUGAUCUACGGUCGCUAAGCGACCUACGCAUCCAAUACAACAAUGCCUUCAGGGCACUGUUGCGGUUGCCUCGCUGGUGCUGCGCGUCCGGGAUGUUCGCGGAUGCGCGCAUAGACGGGUUCCAGGCCAUCAUGCGCGCGCGCUGCGUGGCCGCGCUGCGGCGCCUGCGGGGCAGCCGCAACAGUCUCCUGGCAAUUAUAGCUGACAGGCUUGACAGUCAGCUUCUUGUGCACUGGACCAGGACCCGAAAAUCACGUAGUGAAGAAGUGCCUAUCUAUGCAGUAGCAAAGGGAAGAAGGGGCAGGCCAGUAACUACCUGGCUGACGAAUGUCCGAAGAGAUAUGAAGAAGUUGGGCCUGUCCAGUGACGACGCUUAUCAGCGAUCAAAGUGGCGCCUCAAGAUUAGGAAAGCCGACCCCGCGUAA